UGUGUGAGUUUUGCUGCCACAUACUGGACGGGAGAGAAUUUAGGGGGUCACGUAAAAGACAGGACACGGAAAUAAAAUCUUUAUUCAUUCAUUUGUAAUCUAAUUUGAAUACUUUUAGAUUAUUUCAAGAAAAUAUUGCACCAUAUACAAAUAUAAAUGUUCUAUUUUCUCUUAAACAUCUCAAAAAAUGUUUGUUUUUUUGCAUUAACACUUCAAAUUACAAAAACAGCAGUGACACCAGGUGUACUGAUUACUACCCAACCCUGGGAGAGGAAGGCUGGAUGAGAGGGUGGGCUCUCUGUCAGCUGCAGGUGGUCCAUUACAGAUUGUUGGUGUCAGUGUCAAGAGGUCUCAUUUUCCUGUCUGAAGCAGGUCAUGACCCACCUGGCUCUGGGAUGACAACAAAAAUCAUCCAUUUCAUGCUCAACGGGAGGCUGGAGCAAGCGGAGUUUGGAGCCGACUGCUCUGCUGCAGAUGUCAAAGAUCUGUUCCGGGCGGCGGCGGAGGCAGGGCCUCACCACAUCCUGAAAAUGUACAGCACAAACGGCAGCAUGUUGAACAUCUCCCCCCGGCUGGAAGCCAACAGCGAGGACUCGUACUACCGCCUGGAGGUGGUGGCGGCAGAUGUUAAGAAUGUGGGGAUGCCAACAGAGCUGGACAACAUGGAAUGCAGGCUGCAUCAUCUGGAGAGCAAAGUCAUUGAAGACGUGGGAAAGACUCCGGACAUCAUCUGUGAGCUUAAGAGCCAAGUGGAGUCUUUUAAGAGGAAGCUGGAGAGUGUGGAGCACCUGAGCUGGAUGGGUCUGUUCAAGGAAGACAGUGAUCAGCAGCUCUCCAAGUUCUCCCCGAAACCCAAAACACCUCAUCUGAGCGUGCAGGAGGAGCGCCAACAAGUCCGCAGGAAGUUCCUCAACAUGAGCUCGCUGCAGGUCACAGAAGAGGUGAGAGAGCAUCUGAAAACUCCCAUUUUUGACAACUGCACGACUCUCUCACCUGUGUGUGGUGUUAACAGGCAGUGGGAGGAGGCGGAGAUGCUAGUGCUCCUCCAGGUGAUGUUCACCGACCUGGAAUUCCUGACGGCGUUCCAUAUCAAGCUGGAAGUGCUGCAGAACUUCCUGUUUGAGGUCUACUGCCACUACAACAGCAUCCCCUUCCACAACUUCAGGCACUGCUUCUGCGUCACUCAGAUGAUGUACGGGCUGAUCUGGCUGACAGACCUCAGGAGUAAAUUAUCAAGAAUCGACCUGUUGAUUAUGUUGACCUCGGCUCUGUGCCACGACCUCGACCACCCUGGCUACAACAACGUCUACCAGAUCAAUGCGCAGACUGACUUAGCUCUUCGCUACAAUGAUAUUUCCCCCCUGGAAAACCAUCACUGUGCCGUGGCCUUCGGCAUCUUGUCCAAGCCGGAGUGCAACAUCCUAAAAAAUCUGACCUGUGAGCAGUACAAACACAUCCGUGGAGGAAUGAUCAGAUGUAUUCUGGCCACCGACAUGGCGAGACACAACGAAAUUCUCAACAAGUUCAAAAUCAUGCAGCCGGUGUUCGACUUCACCAACAAGGACCACAAGGAAGUGCUGAUGAAGAUCAUGGUGAAGGUGAGCGACAUCUCCAACGAGGCGAGGCCGAUGGCCGUGGCCGAGCCCUGGCUGGACUGUCUGCUGCAGGAGUUCUUCAACCAGAGCGACACAGAGAAACUCAAAGGGCUCCCAGUGACUCCUUUCAUGGACCGAGACAAAGUGUCCAAACCGUCCUCUCAGACCAACUUCAUCCGAUUUGUCCUCUUGCCGCUCUUCACCGAGCUCACCAAGCUGUUUCCCUGUCUGGAGCAGCACAUUCUGGAGCCGGUGCGACGGGCCCUGGAGUAUUACUCCGACAUGGAGAGGGCCAGCAUGCAGGAGCAGGGGACGACCAAAGCAUGAGGAGUACGCGCUGGCCGACAGAGCGUUGUAUCAGCAGCAGUGUGCUAGAGGAAGUUGUUGCAUCUGAAAAAUUGUCAUUUAAAAUGUUGAGGAUUUACGUCUUAGUUGUUUCUAGUUGGGAUUAUGUCCACCAUUUCAAAGUGGUUAUAGUUUUAUAAGAUUUGGAUACCAGUGAGACAUUAUCUAGCUAUUAUUGGACAUGUUGGUGUAUUUUAAUAGGAUAGGAAUAAUCCUAUUUAUUGUUCAGUUAAUCUGCUGGAUUAUUAAACGUUUUCCAUUUUCUGCAAAAGAGCAUGAUUUUUUUUACGUUUAUCUUUAUGGAUUAUAUUGAUGCCGAGUUGGCAAGAAGACAAAUCACUCGUACACGUUACAAUCUCUGUCUGCGUCAGCGUAAUGUGUUAUCAACAGGUAUUGCUAACAAUUGUUAACCUGGACGGAACUUGGUUUUCCGCCUUGUUCCUGUUGACCUCAAGUGAGUGCAAUGCAGACAUAUAUUUCAGUAUUCUCAUUAAAUAAUUUAUUUUAUUUUCUAAUAAAACAGUCCCACAGUUUGAGAACCAGCAGACUAACACACUGUUGGUUUUCACCUUUUAAGGGAUUUGUUGAGAAAGAAAAUAAAGAAUGACAUCAGACUUAUCCUAUGAAUUACCCAACAUGUAAUUGUUUUGAUCAUUUGAUGAUUGAUAUGAAC